GUAUGUGGAAAACCUUUGCCUUGUGGUAAUCACACAUGUGAACAAGUUUGUCAUGCUGGUCCCUGUGGAGACUGUCCUCGUUCUGGGAAAAGGUCCUGUCCGUGUGAAAAAUCAAAGUUUACAUUGCCUUGUACAGAAGAUGUGCCCACUUGUGGUGAUAGUUGUGACAAAGUUCUGGAAUGUGGCAUCCAUAAAUGUUCACAGCGCUGUCAUCGAGGUCCCUGUGAAAUAUGCAGACAGGAAGUUGAAAAGCAGUGUCGCUGUGGAAAGCACACUAAACGCAUGCCAUGUCAUAAGCCAUAUCUGUGUGAAACAAAGUGUACUAAAAUUCGUGAUUGCCAAAAACACCAGUGUAGGAGAAAGUGCUGUUCUGGAAACUGUCCACCUUGCGAUCAAGUCUGUGGGCGGACUCUAGGCUGUAGAAAUCACAAAUGUCCUUCAGGCUGCCACAGAGGUAGUUGUAAUCCAUGUCCAGAGACUGUAGAUGUGAAAUGCAAUUGUGGAAAAACUGUAAUUAAAGUGCCCUGUGGCAGAGAGCGCACCAUCAAACCUCCCAAAUGCAAACAGCUGUGCAGUCGACCACCUACCUGUCACCACUCUACCCAGGAGAAACACUUUUGCCACUUUGGUCGGUGUCCUCCAUGUCGUCAGCCCUGCCAGAAAACAUUAACCUGUGGUCAUUUGUGCCCUGUUUCUUGCCACGACGAAGCACUUGUGAAGCAAACUGCCUUACAUCAGUCUGCAGGUCCUUGGGAACAGCCAUCUGAGCCAGCUUUUAUUCAAACUGCAUUACCAUGCCCUCCUUGUGAGGUUCCUAUACCAGUGGAGUGUCUUGGGCAGCAUGAGGUCAGUCAAUUACCAUGUCACUCUGCAAAUCCCUACUCCUGUAAAAGAUUUUGUGGACGGCUUCUUGAUUGUCAGAAUCACACCUGUAUGAAAGAAUGUCAUCAUGUCACUAAACUGAACAGUAGUACAGAUGGAAAGAAGGCAGGUCCAGAAUGUUCGCAGUGUGAAGAGGAGUGUACCAAGUCCCGGCCAUCUGGCUGUCCUCACCGAUGUGUUUUGCCCUGUCAUCCUGGGGAUUGCCCAUCAUGUCUCCAGAUGCUUAAAAUAAAGUGUCACUGCAAACUAUCAGUACUGUAUAUUGAAUGCUUAAAACUAACAUGUGCUGAUUUAAAAGAAAAGGAGCUUCUUAUUUCCUGCAAAAACCAGUGUCCAAAAGAGUUGCCCUGUGGUCACCGAUGUAAAGAGAUUUGCCAUUCAGGUAGCUGUCCCCUGAACUGCAGCCAGAAGGUUAAACUCCGAUGUCUCUGUAAGAGACUGAAAAAGGAAAUACAGUGCAGCAAGAUACAAGAAGGCCAAGUUUCACUGGAAUGUGAUGCAUUAUGCAAGGAGAUGAAACGGAAAGCAUCUGAGAUAAAAGAGGCAGAAGACAAAGCUGCUAUUGAAGAAGAGAAACGAAGACAACAGGCUGAACUGGAAGCUUUUGAAAACAGAUUAAAAGGGCGAAGAAAGAAUAAGAGAAGAAAGGAUGAAGUAGAAGUUGAACAAUCAUCAUGGCAAAAAUACAAGAACCUCAUUAUGCUGCCAGUGUUUGGAGUUGCUGUUGUGAUAGUUGCGUGGCUCAUGGUCUACAAUGACUGACACAGCUCAAUAUUUAAUAUACCUCAGUCAGGCUUUAGGUAGCUAUUAUUCCUAAAACGUUAGUCUGUGUGUAACAGAACCUAGUAUGCAUAGAUUAUGUAUGUAUACUGUUUGCCAAGAAAAGUGCAGAGGAGGGAGGAAAUGUCACCUUUUGUGUUAUUAAAUUCACAGCACAAAACUGAAUUCAGACACUGAAAAUAAUAGUAGAUUUUAGAAUACACUGAAGUGCUGGUGUAAUUUGUCUGACUGAGAUCCGUUAACAUCUCUUCUAUUAAUAUAUUGUGUUACUUUUCCUUGUCU